AUGCCGCCGCCCACCCCGCCACCUGUCACCUGUGCCUGUGCCUAUUGCGCCCCAGGCACCACGCCCGCUCGGUCGCAGUGGCGGGAGGCGGGAGGCGGUGCGGCGGCGGCGAGGCUUGCGCGGGAGGACGCUUGGGCGUGGGAGGCGGCGGAGGAGGCGGAGGACCCGCCGCCGCGCUGCCCAACGGGCACUCAGUUUGCGGUGCCGGCCGACGACUUGUAUGGAUACGGCGACCUGCCUCCCGUGCUGGUCACGGAUUUGCUGCGUGUGCCCGCCGGCUUGCGGGGCGACUUUGUCCUCUCCUGGCGCUGGGACUGCGAGCAGACAGACCAGGUGUGGAGCACGUGCGCCGACGUCACCAUCGUGGCCUGA